AUGAGCUCGAGGACAAACGGUGACCGGCCUCUCAAGCUGGUGUCAGAGGCCGCUCGCGAGCGGGAGACGUUCAAAUACAGACCCUUUCUCCUGUCCGACUCUCGAUACAGCCAGAGCGGCCGGCCCCUGCCCAGCUCCGAACUGACAACUUCGAGCGACAGCGUCUUGACGGCCCUCGCCCAGCUUGGCACCUACCAAACAGCAACGGAGCGCGCCCUCAUCUCCCUCUUCGACGCGAGCCAUCAAUACGUCAUCGCCGAGGCCACGCCAUUGACUCCCCUGACUUCCGCCCUAUCGAGCGACAAGUGCCCGGCCCCUCUGGCGCUCUGCGGCACCGCAAUCUCCCGCGGCCAUGGCGCCUGCGAACAUGCCCUCUUCGUCUCCCCUGAUCCCGGGUCUCACGACGCGGCAGAGCUUCCGCUUUCCCUUGUGCCUGACCUGACCACCGACAGUUGCUUCUCCUCCAAGCCACUCUGGGAGUCGGGCGAGCUAGGCCGCUUCUACGCCGCCGUGCCCAUACGAACAAGUAGGGGAAUCAACAUUGGUGUAUACUGCGUCCUCAGCCCGGUCGACACCGGCUGUUGGAAUGACGAGUGCACUCGCCGCAUGAGAGACAUUUCCUACGCCAUCAUGGAUCACCUCGAAGCCAACAGGUCCAGGCACGCAUAUCGGCGCAAUGAGCGCAUGAACAGGGGCUUGGGGUCCUUCAUCGAGGGCAAAUCCACCCUUUCCGGAUGGCAGCACGGACCCAACGUAGCAGCUUUUGUCGACAACUCCAAGCUCGAGGGCGCCCUAGACGGCACACAGCAGCUCCUUGAACGUCAGGACCAAGAAAGGAAAGAGCAGGAACUGAGACACCGCGCGGCCGCCCAAACACCGCGGUCCGUUGGUGCCAAGCGCUUGCCGGGCAGCAAGCCCAUCGAGAGGUUCAGGGAGGCUUUCAGCGCCAGCUACUUUGACACCUCGCACAAGAUCCAGUAUCCUCCUCACGCUGGCCGACCCGUUGAAGCUAGUUAUCCUGGACACAGUGACGAGCCGGGCUCGGGUGGAACCGGCGCCGACGCCGUCUUCUCCAAAGCCGCCAACAUCAUCCGUGAAGCCUUUGAGGUGGCGGGCUGCUUAUUCUUCGAUGUGACGCUGGGCUCCUACAGCGCGCCAAAAGUCCAAAUUCCCUCGAGAGGGAGCGACACGGAGGCGACGAUGAGCCAGUCGGCCACGGCAAGCAGCAGCGAAGACCAACUCCCGACGUCACCGGCCGAGGAGCCAGACGCCGCGUGCGAACUGCUUGGGUUUUCCACGUCGGACGUGUCGAGCAUCAACGACGCCGGGCUCAGCCGGAACGAGGGGUUCAUGCCCAAGCGGUUCCUGGCGAAGCUCCUCCGGCGCUAUCCUGGUGGCAAGAUCUUCAACUUUGAUGCCAUUGGGGAGCUGCAAUCCAGCGAUUCCUCCGAGGACGACGGCGCACUCAAGGCCCUGACCGGCCGUCUCUCAUCGGCCAACGGGAGCACCCACGAGGGCGCCUCAACCCCGGCGCCAGCAAAGAACGUCGCUGGACGAUCUAGUCGUGCCAGGGAGGGGGCUCUGCUGCACCAGGCCUUCCCCGGCGCCCGCAGCGUCGCCUUCAUACCCGUGUGGGAUUCGAAACGAGAGCGGUGGUUUGCCGGCGGUUUCGUCUACACGCUCACCCCGACCCGGGUCUUCACCAUCGAGGGCGAGCUGAGCUUCCUCCGCGCCUUUGCAAGGCUGAUCGCCGCAGAGAUGCACAACCACGAGACCCUACAGGCCGACAAGGCAAAGUCGGACGCGUUGGGUUCGCUGUCGCACGAACUGCGAUCACCCCUGCACGGCGUCAUCCUCGGCACCGAGCUGCUCAACGACACCGACCUCAGCGUCUUUCAGGGCAAUGCGACGCACACCAUUGAGACGUGUUGCCGCACCCUACUCGACACCAUUGACCAUCUGCUCGACUACUCCAAGAUCAACAGCUUCGCGACAAAGCGCCGGCAGGGGCCUCGGGCGACGUAUCCCAAGUCUAGACAAAGAACAAAGUUCGACCAGUUUGGCAAGAAGAGGCUCUACACUCAUGCCAGGCUCGACGGGCUUGUCGAGGACGUGGUCGAAAGCGUGUUUGCGGGUUUUAAUUUCCAGCACAUGUCCAUUAGGCAACUGUCCAAACAGGACCGGCUGACGCACACCGACACGAGGGCGCACAACCGGCUGGACUUUGCGCAGGCCAUGGAGCAGCUUGGCCCGAGCGUGAACGGUGGGGGAGAGCCCAGCGUGCAGAUCGGAAACGUGUCCAUCUACUUGUUGAUUGCCCCGAGAUGCAACUGGAUGUUCCACAUGCCAGGCGGGGCGAUUCGUCGAAUCGUCAUGAACCUGUUUGGCAACUCGCUCAAGUUUACAGCUAGGGGGGCCAUUUGGAUAUCUCUCAGCCAGGAAAAGGCCCUCGCCAAGCGUGCAAAGGCAGACCGCAGCGUCAAGUUGACGGUCCAGGACACGGGCAAGGGUAUCAACGAGGACUACCUUCGACACAGGCUGUUCAAGCCCUUUGCGCAAGAAGACGAGCUCGCGCCGGGCACCGGGCUGGGCCUGAGCCUCGUCAAGACCAUCGUCUCGGAACUGCGUGGCCAUAUCUUUGUCGAAAGCCAGGUCGGGGUCGGGACCACAAUUACCGUCACGUUACCGCUAGAGCAGUCACCGCCGGCGGCUGACCUGCCCGAGGACGACCGAGACUACGAGGAGCAGGUGCGCGAGCUCAAGGGGCUGCGCGUCCGCCUGUCUGGCUUCGGGUCCACCGGGGCCUCGGCCAAGGGCACCGCGAUGCGCACCAUUGUGGAGGACAUUUGCCGCCACUCGCUCCAUCUGGACCUCGUCUCGGAAGAGCAGGCCCGACACCUGGCCCCGGAUCUUGUUGUCUGGCUGGACGAUGCGCUGCCUGGUUCAUUCGGGGAGAUUGAGCGGCUAGCCAAGACGCCAAACGUCGUCAUCUGUCAGGACGCUCUGGUGGCAUACCAGCGCUUCAUCGCGAAUGAAUCUGCCGAACAUGGCGGCGUCUUUGAUUUCAUCUCGCAGCCAGUCGGGCCCCGCAAACUUGCCAAGUCAAUAAAGCUCGCUCAACCCGGUGCCCGGCUUCCAACAAAUGCAGCGGAUCCGGCGAUGGACUCGGAGAUCCAAACGCAGUCGGCCGCUGAGCCUGAACCCCCGACUCCGAACGGGAUGCCGAGAUUCUCGCUGUCGAUCCUCGUUGUCGACGAUAACCAUAUCAACCUGAAGAUAUUGUCCGCGCACAUGAGAAAGCUCGGGCGCGCGUACGAAACCGUGGUAAAUGGCAAGGAGGCGGUCGACGCCUACACGCAGAACCCCACCCAUUGGGCUGGCAUCUUGAUGGAUAUAUCCAUGCCGGUCAUGGACGGUCUGGAGGCGACGAGGCGGAUCCGCGGCUUCGAGCACCGGAACCAGCUGCGCGCGGUCCCGAUCCUGGCGCUCACGGGCCUGGCCUCGGACAGCGCGCACCGGGAGGCGCUGGAGAGCGGAGUGGAUGUUUUUUUGACCAAGCCGGUGCGGCUGAAGGCGUUGAGCGAAAAUUUGGAGACGAUGAAAGUCUUGUCCUUGGCGCAGGCGUGUGGGAAGUAG